AGUGGAAAACGUUACUGAAUUACAAGAACAUGUGACGUAAGACAGAGUUGAUUUUUAAAUACUGAGCUUCCCUGUCUGCAAACAUGACUCAAAUUGAGAUCUGGAUCUCAGAACUUGUAACCAGCACCACAAAGGACUUUUAGCCAGAUGUAUUCGAAAUUUCUACAACAGCAGGUAAACUCAAGGGUUUUGCAUGUCCGACUACCUGGGUGGCGUUGCAGUGGGAGGGAACCUACAGUAACAAUGUUGCAUCCAAUGAGGGUGCAGCAAGAUGAUGCCCUCAACUCCCGAGAGAGGAGCAGUGCCUCCCAGCGAACCACAGGGCCUGGCGCACCGGAUUGAAAGUCUGUGUGCACGCGGGGCCGUUUAAAGAGAUGCGCCGAACAGACGGCACUGACUUUCUCCAUUGAAGAAUCAGCGAGAUGAAGAGCAGCGCCAACCCGGCACCAUGCGCUCCAGGCUCCCACGGACCGCCUGCCUACUGCGACUCAUUGCGCUGUGCAUCCUUCUCUCGCAAACUGCAGCUUAUUUUGGACUGACAGGUCGGGAGCCCCUGGUGUUCUUACCGGGUCCCUUCUCCAAUGACCCUCCGACAGGUAAAGCGCACCUGAAGCAGUGCGAGCAGAUGACUCUGACCAGGCGGCAGAAGAGGCUGUGUCGCAGGGAGCCCGGUUUGGCCGAGACGCUGCGGGAGUCCGUCCGCCUCAGUCUGCUGGAGUGUCGCUAUCAGUUCAGGAAUGAGCGCUGGAACUGCAGUCUGGACGGCCGAGGAAGCCUUCUGAAAAGAGCAUUCAAGGAGACGGCCUUCCUGCUGGCAGUGUCCUCCGCAGCGCUGACCCAUGCACUUGCCAAAGCGUGCAGUUCGGGCCGCAUGGAGAGAUGCACAUGUGACGAAUCCCCCGGCAUCCAGCACAGGGAAGCGUGGCAGUGGGGCGUCUGUGGUGACAACCUGAAAUACAGCACCAAGUUCCUCAAAAAGUUCCUCGGCCAGAAGAGGGUCAGCAAGGACCUAAGGGCUCAGAUCGACGCCCACAACAUCAAUGUGGGGAUUCGGGCAGUGAAGAGCGCCCUGAAAACAACCUGCAAGUGUCACGGUGUCUCUGGCUCCUGCGCCGUACGGACGUGCUGGAAGCAGCUGUCUCCGUUCCACGACACCGGGCGGCUGCUGAAGUAUCGAUACGACACCGCUGUGCGGGUGCUCAGCGUCACUAAUGCUGCCACGGGGGAGACAGAGCUUGCGGGCCCUCGUAGACAUGGACAGAGCCUUCGCACCACAGAUCUGGUCUACCUGGAGGACUCCCCCAGCUUCUGCAGACCCUCCAGAUACUCUCCAGGAACGGGGGGCAGGUCAUGCGCCAAAGAUACUAGCUGUCAGAAUCUGUGCUGUGGACGUGGUUAUAACACAGCCAUGCAUCUCACCAGCCUGUCCUGCCACUGCCAGGUGCGCUGGUGCUGCCAUGUGGAGUGUCAGACUUGUGUGAGAGAAGAGGAGGUGUACACCUGCAAAAAUGCAUAAGAGAAAGAGGAAUGUGGGCAAAGACUUGCUCCUACAGAAAUGUGGUGGAAUAAACACAUGUAUCAUUAGAAUAUUGCAGGUUAUUUGCUUAUACCACCUGUUUGAAAUGCAGCAGCUUUUAGGUGAGAAUGUUAUGACCUCCUCUGCUUCUCUUGCUGGAUGCACUGAAUCGCCGCUCUUCUAGGACGGAAGGAAAUGAGCUCUUAGACAGGUACCGGACUGGACGUGACCUGCAGUGAGACAACAAACAGUGACUGUGCUGUAUAGAUCUGCCCCUUACACUUGACUAUUUAUUACCAGUCAUUGUGCCUGUUGUACUGCUGCUUUAUACUCCUUGUAAUUAUGUUUUGCCACUGAGGCUAAAAGGCCUUAAAAGGAAUCCACCUGUCUGUCUCUGUCUGCUGUGUUCUGAUUAAAAAGCACUUAAGUUGCUCUUGCUACGUAUGAUAAAAAGUGUAUGAUUAAUCUUAAUAAUGUUUGAACAGAAUCACUGGAAGCUUUCAGAGGGUGGUUGAUGCCAUUGAAACAUUGUAACUACAUGUAUUAACAGGGAAACAAGACUGGUUUCAGUUGCUCUUAUGGAAAUAUCUAUGGAAAUGUACGUCUAGCUCAGCAGAACAAAGGGAAACAGCGUAAUAAUAGGGGAACACCAAACAAUGUCUUGAAACACUAUUUCUGCACAUGCCUGACCUCCAUCCUUUUAAAGAAGUACACAUUAUCAUACUUUUAAGUUUGCCCAGCUCUAAUUUCACCUCAUCUUUCUUCUAAAUACCUUUGAAGUGGGCCAAUCUUGCUGCUUGUUUCCCUAAAUUGCUAAUCAAAGAAAAUCACCCUGUUUACUCCCUAAUUUUCACAUCCACACAAACUUCCCAUUUGUGCAGGUCAGAGCCAAAGCUGAAGUUUUGUUGGACUGAUUCUGAACUGUAUAUCUGAUAUGAAUAUAACUCAUGUCAGCGCUUCAGGCGUGUGACAAUGUGGAAUCAUAAUUUUUCUACCUCACUUCAUCUUUUGGCAAAACUAUCAGUAAGAUUUAUGAGCUAUGCAGAGUUAUGACUUCUCCUUUUAUUGUUUUAAAGGUCUUAUUUUAGAUUUUGUACAGCUCUUUUGAAUUUGGUAAUAUAUAUAUAUCAAAUGUUUUUUUUUAAUCAUGCUGCAUCACAUUCUUAUUUAAAAUAAAUAAGAUUUAU